UAGCAAAUGUGCUCUGGCUGCAGCAUUUAAAUGCGUUGAAAUGAAAACAGUAAUGGCAGCCGAAUGAAUCGUGAUACUUCUGUUUGUAAAUUUAAUCCUUCAGAACAGUCUUCCAAUGAAAAAGAAACGACGAAAAAUAAAUAUUAUGUAAAGAAAACAUUUCAUAUAUUAUUUUUUCCUCUUACUUUUUUACUUAAUUCUUUUACAUUCUUGUUUUCUGAGCUUUUUAAAUUUGUCCGUGGCUUGUGUACAUCAGUGCAACAAUCUGUUAACACUUCUAAAACUAACCUCAAUAUAGCAGAAAAUGUUCAUGGUUUUUUGGUAACUGACAAAGAAAUGAAUCCAGAAAAUCCUUUUGCUUUACAACGUUACCAUCACCGCAGAGCCUUUGAUUUUAUUUCAAAAGCACUUAAAAUAGACGAAGAAAAUGAUGGUCCUAAAGAUUUGGCUAUUGAAUACUAUCGUAAAGGUAUUGAUGAGCUAAAAAGAGGAAUUGCUGUCAAUUGUAAUCAAGGAACUGGUCCAACAUGGGAAAGAUCUCGGCGUUUGCAAGAUAAGAUGAGGACAAAUUUAAAUAUGGCUAAAGACAGACUUGAAUAUUUAGAAAAUUCUAAUUCUACAAAUCUUGAAGUCUUGGAGGGAAAUCCGUCCAGGCGUCGCACUUGGCAACAACCAGAGCCUCUUAAGUUCAACAAUUGUUUAGUUGAAGACACAGCUGUUGAUAAAACACCUAGUCCUACAUCACCUGGCAUUAAUGAUGGCGGAAAGAAACUUGUACGUAAAUUUCCUUCUCAAAACAAAAACUUAACAUUGCCUAAAAACUUUCCAUCUUCUCCUCGUCGGACACCUGUGGUUCAACCAAAGAAGAAACCACUCUCACCUCCUACCAUUCGACGACAGAUCCCACAAUCUACUAAUAGGAAAGAUGCACCAUCCAAAACUGUUCCCGUCCAAACUCGAUUACAGAAGUUGAACAAGAUUUUGAGCUUGAAAGGUGUGGAUCCAAAAUUAGCCCAAGUGAUAAUGGAUGAAAUUGUUGAUGGUGGUCCAACAGUGACAUUUGAUGAUAUUGCCGGCCAAGAGGUAGCUAAGCAAGCAUUACGUGAAAUGGUUAUCCUACCUACAGUUAGACCUGAGCUUUUUACUGGCCUCAGGACACCUCCAAAAGGUCUAUUGUUAUUUGGUCCUCCAGGAAAUGGGAAAACAAUGUUGGCAAAAGCAGUAGCCUGUGAAUCUAAUUCUACUUUCUUGAAUAUUAGUGCAUCAUCUCUAACUUCAAAAUAUGUUGGUGAAGGUGAAAAACUUGUACGUGCCUUGUUUGCUGUUGCGAGGGAGCUUCAACCAGCUAUUAUAUUUAUAGAUGAGGUGGAUUCAUUACUAAACGAAAGAAAAGAGAAUGAGCAUGAGGCUAGUCGGAGAUUAAAGACAGAAUUUCUGGUGGAGUUUGAUGGAUUGCGAUCUGAUGGUGAUGACCGAAUGUUAGUUAUGGGUGCCACAAAUAGACCACAGGAAUUAGAUGAUGCAGCUCUAAGGAGAUUCACAAAGCGUGUUUAUGUAACAUUACCAAACAAGGAAACUCGAAUAAAGCUACUUGAAAAGUUGUUGGCGAAACAAGAAAAUUCUUUAUCAAAAUCUGAUUUAAAGAAUCUAGCAAAGUUAACAGAAGGGUAUUCUGGAAGUGAUUUAACAGCAUUAGCAAAAGACGCAGCACUGGGACCAAUUAGAGAAUUGAAUCCAGAAGAAGUGAAAUCAGUUGACCCUCGAAAGAUGCGAACUGUUUCAAUGGCUGAUUUCACUGAAUCUUUAAAAAGGAUCCGAAGAAGUGUUGCCACACAAUCUUUAGCAUUCUACACACAGUGGAAUUCUGAAUUUGGUGAUGUUACAAUUUGACAAGGAUUUAGAUAUAGGCUUCUUCAAUUGAAUUACUAUCUGAAGAAAGAAAGGGCUUAUAUUUGCAAGCUAACUCGAAAUAUUUUUAACUCUAAACUGUUUUGUUGAUAAUUACUAAAAUAUUUCUCCCAGAUUUAAGUAUUUUGGGAUUUUAGAAAAUGUCUUCACAAAGCUUGAUUAGAUGUGACUAACAGGCUUGAUUUUUUUAAGCCAAUAGGUUGUAUAUAGAACUGAUUCCUAUAUUUUUAGUGCAUAAAUUUCAGUACUAGAAUAUUAUUGCUUGCCAUUAUGAAUUCAUAGUUUUUUUAAUGUAUAUGAUCCUUGUUAAAAAAUAUUAUAGGUUCAAGGCUUAUUAUUUUUUGAAGAUGAAAUAUGUGUAUACAGAUAUACAUAUAUCAUACCUUGUAUAUUGAGUGAUAUUGUUUUUAGUCGAGUGUGUAAGUCUUUUUGGUGUGUUUUUUUAUGACAAAUCAAAUUUUCUGUUGAAAAUAUUGAGGAAUGUAGUAUUAAAUAAAUUCUAUUAUAUGUUUUUAUUAUUUUGUAUUAUAUAAGACAUUCAUGUUAAAAUUUUUAGCUAAAGUAGUAUAUUUUAGAACUCUUAAUUUGAAAUAUAUUGCUGUAAAUGCAAACAGUUGCUCAAUAGUUAUAAAUUCCAUGUCUGUCAAAACUAAUUUUUAAGAUGUUAAUUGUAAUGGGGUCUUUUGAAAAGUCCUUUAACAAAUAAUUUAAUCUAAAUAUAUCUUGUGUGUCUUUAAAUGGAAUCUAAUAAUAGAAUAUGGUCUGAAAACUUGCGAGAAAGAUAAAAUUACUAGCCUUGAUAUAUCUGUAUGUGAUAUUAAAUAAAAAUUUAAUUACAGUUUAUGUACCUUCUUUUUUUUUUUUAAAUGUCUUAUUUAUAAGAAAAACAUAUUUUCCUAAAUACAUGAACAGUAAAAAAAUUUACAGUUGAUUUCUUUAUGAUUAAAUAUUGACUAUUCUACGGUAAUUUCACAUAUUAUAGAACAAAAAAAAAGUAUUUACAUAUGCUAUAAGAUUUAAAUCUUUACUUGGAUAUUAUUUGUAAUAAAAGAGUUAUAAAAAAUAAACAAUUUAAAAAAAAAAUUGCAUUCAUUAUUAUUUUUUAAGUGUUUUAGUUGAUAUAAUUAGUUCAUUAUGCAUGCUUAUUUAAAAAUUUCAAAGUAAUAUAUAAAGUAGCAUAAAUCAAAUUAAAAUGUCUUUAAACUUUAUUUUGUACUUGAAAUUAUUACAAAUAAUAGUAUAAUCAUGGAAAAAAAAAUAUAGCCUACGAUGAGCAUUAUUUGUUAAAGUACUUAUAAAAGGUACACAGUAUCGUUUUGUCACAAGAAAAUUAAGCAUUAAUGUCUUGAUACCUUUAAACUUUCCGUCCGAUAGACUCAAGCUCAAUAUUGAACCUCACAGUCUGCGUUGUUAUUCUUUAAAAUUAUUUAAUUAAUUUUAUUUGUAUUUUUUUCUCUGCCUUACCUGUUUAAAAAUUUUGAAAUCUUAUUUACUUCAAAUAUAGCAUUAUAAAAAUUAAAGGUGCAUAGAUCCUAUAAAAUUAAUUCUUACGUUUUGUGGUGGCAUAAUAGUACAUCUUCAAAAUAAUCUUUUAUUUUAGUAUUCUUGGAUAAUUUAUGAUAUUUGUUCCUACUAAAAUAUUUUUUUCUUUUUAUAAAUGUCUCUUUUUAAAAUAUGCUUGUCCUUGGACUAUUAUAUUUUUGUAUUUGAUAUUAUCACGCACUUGUUUUUGGUAUUCUUUUUUAUUAAUUAUUAUUCUAAAUAAUAAUUAAUGAAGUGUGUCGAAUUUUACUUUUAAUCUAGAUAAUGGCAUAUUUUGUUGUUAGUAAAUGAAGUAUUUCUUUAUAUAUCAACAAUAAAUAAUAUUUUUUACAUUAUGGUAUUCCAAAAUUUGCAAUAAUAAUGUUAUAUUUUAAUUGAGAAAAAAAUAUGAUGGAAAAUUGUAAAUCCAAUUUUAUUUCAAAAUGUUAUAAAAUUUUAAAAACAACAACAGAUAAAUUAAUUGAAAUAGCUAUAGAAAAUAUAUUAUAAUUGGUACAUGUAUUCUUAUAUUUAAGCAUUAUUUCUCUGUUAUACUCUUUUUAUCUAAUUAUAUAGAUAAGAUUGAUAAUGCUAAAAUAUUUCUAAAUGAAUUUAUUCAAACUUUUGAAUUAAAUUUCAGUUGUGUAUAAUUUUUAACACUCACACAUAUUUUUUAAAUAUUUUAUAUAAGAUAUUAUAAAAAGUGGAAUUGUAAUCUAAUUAAAAUAUUUUCAUAAAGAUGCUAAAUUUUUUAAUUAAAAAACAGAAUUCAUGAUAAAUAAUUUGAUUGUGACAUCAUUUAUAUAUUCCUUCUUUUCAAUGCAAACAGGAACAAGAUUAUUAAUUUUUUUAAAUAUAAAGAAGUGCUCUGUUAACUAAAGUAAAGGAUGCAUUGUAAUUUUUUUAAAAAAAUCUAUCUAAAAUAGAGUCAGUAAUUUUCAUAUUCCUUAGAUUAAAGUUUUAUUUUGGUUGUGUUUGGUUUCUCUUCAUGUUAUGUAUGAUUCAAUUUUGUUCCAAACUAAUUUUUCCUAGUAUGAUUUGCAGAUGAAUGUUUGCCUCGAGUGUUUUUUUUCCCAACAUUGAACAAUUGUUUCAUCUCAUAAGGACUUUUUUUGUGAUAAAGUACCUGAAUAUUUUUCUUGUAUUGAAGCACAAUAAAUUCAUUCAGUAUGUUACUCUUUUUUUUAAAGCUCAUGUACAUUGACUGUAACAAUAUAUAACUAUAUUAUAAUAAUAUUAUUGUACUCCUCUAUGUCCUUGCUUUUGUAAUAAAAUUUAGAUUUAAAAAAUGUGUAGAUUUUAUGUUUUAGUGUAUAAAAAUUUUCUUGGGUUUGCAUCUGUUCUUUUUUUUUCCCCCACUGUCUUUUUUUCCUCUAUUUUUUUAUGUAUUUUGUUAUUUAUUCGCGAAAUUCAUAUUUGCUGUGUAUCUAAUGUUAAAUGUGUAUGUACAAGUCACUUGUAUUUUCUUAUGUCAGAGUAUUUUUUUCUAUGCGAUUUGUUUUAUGCUUGCAAAAUAUGUAAUGCGUGUGCUGCAAAUUGGAUGUUAUAAUGCUAAAUAACUCUGUGAUACUCUAAAUAAAGUUUUUAUUCAUUUUG